ACCUGGGAGCGACGACCUGGAGCGUGCUCUGCCUUUCGUCCGUGCGUCCCGACCACAGCCACACAGCCACACGGAGGUGUGCUUCUGCAGCAUCUCGCUUCAGCUCGCUAAGAGGAGGCCGUAACUCACCUGCACUCGCUCGCUCGCACGCACGCACACACCAGCGCCGCCCGCCUUUUUCGCACACCUUCCCAGUGCUCUGGGAGAGGAGAGAGCGGAGAGUCUGUCGUUUUUGGGGGGGCUGAGCUGGUGAGGUAUUUGUGGCCAUGUCGUGGGACUGCGGCCUGAGGUACGUGUUCUCCGUGUCCCCGGAGCUGCAGGGGGGGGGCGGGUGUGCCCCCCGUGACAAGGAGGAGCUGUCCCGGCUUGAGGUGGUCCAGAGACUGGCCAAGGACGGCUGUCGCUUCCUCCAGGGUCACAAUAGCAAGACCCCUGAAAGGACACUCCAGCCCCAGAGUGACGAGGCUGCCCGCGUGAGUCUGAGGGAGAGUGGCCAGGAUGUGCUGGUUCUUCAGAGAGUGUCGUCAGAGAGGCCAGCCCCCUCUGCAACAGCGAGGGGAGGAGGGAGAACAGUGGAAAGGGACAGGAGGUACGUGGUGGUGUCUGGGACCCCUGAGAAGAUUCUGGAACACCUGCUGAGUGAGCUGAGGCUGGACCAGGACCAGGACCGGGACCAGGACCGGGACCGAGACCACAGCAGCACACAGCGCAAGGAGACGGGAAGCCUGUUGGAUGACUUCCUGUUGACCUACCUGGUGUUUAUGUCAACUACUGACCUGUGUCAGGCUCUACUGGGACACUAUUGUUGUAAGAGAUACCGGAGCAAGGAGGACGGGAAGGAGGCUCUGGCCAGGAAGCGCAGAGUCUUGCACCUGGUGUCACAGUGGACCACGCUCUACAGGGACUUCCUGCGAGAGGACGAGCAUGUCAAGCUCUUCAUGAAGAGCCUGUAUCGCUACGUGCUGGAUGACCUAUAUGAGUACCCAAGCCUGGAGAAGGAUCUGAGAGAUCUCCAGAAACUCCUCCGCCUCCAUCGCAGACACACAGUGGAUGAAUAUUCACUACACAGAAAGACCAAGCCACUUUCCCACCAGCUGAGCCUUCGAGAAAACGGAGCACAGACGAGAGGGACACAAAAGGAGACCAAGGAAGUGCUGUGCCAUGUGUACGUGACCAUGGACUCGUACCUGAGUGUGAGGACCGCUGCUGGGGUGGUGGCCAGGGAGCUGCUGAAGAGCCUGGCUGAGAGGCUGGAUGUUCCUCUGGGAGACCUGGUCCUGGUGGCAGUCACCUACCCUGGAGGGAAGCUCCUCCUCCAGCCCCAGGACAGGGUCUACUCUGAUUCGCUGACCGCUGUGGGGAGGCUGCACGUGUGCAGAAAGGACCUGAGUGAAAUCAUGAACCCCUUCACAGAUAAUGCCGAACUGCAGCAGCGUUCGGCUCGCGUGUUGAGCAUGAACACGUGGGAUGUGACCGUGGCUCUCACCAACUUCGACUGGAGCGUCUUCAGCGCCAUACACGAGCAAGAGUUGGUGUACUUCACAUUCAGCCGCCAUGCCAGCCGUGGCCACACGACGGCGCUGGAGUUGCUAUUGCGGCGCUGCGACGAGGUUCAGCUAUGGGUGAUAACUGAAGUGCUCCUUUGUCCAACACUCUGCAAACGUGUCCAGCUCAUUAAGAAGUUCAUCAAGAUUGCCGCCCAUUGCAAGGCACAAAGGAACCUCAACUGUUUCUUUGCCAUCAUCAUGGGCCUGAACGCUGCAGCGGUUAGCCGUCUCAGUCAAACAUGGGAGAAAGUUCCGGGAAAAUUCAAGAAACUGUUUUCAGAGCUGGAGACGUUGACAGAUCCCUCUCUCAACCACAAGUCCUACAGGGAAGCGUUUAAGAAGAUGAAGGCGCCCAAGAUCCCAUUUCUUCCGCUGCUACUGAAAGAUAUAACGUUUAUACACGAGGGCAACAAAACAUUUCACGACAACCUGGUCAACUUUGAGAAGCUGCACAUGAUAGCAGACACAGUGCGACUCAUUCGCCUUUGCCAGGAGGAUCCAUUGGGAAACGGUAUUACCCAGAAGAGCAGCCCAGAGGUGAGGGACUAUGUGGACUACCUUCACGUUAUUGACAAUCAGCAGACCCUGUUCGAGCUGUCCCACAGGCUGGAGCCCCGAGCGUAGACAAAAGUCCCCCCCACCCCACCUGCUCCAGACCCUCCAUCUCAGUCAGACUGCCAAGGAACAACCACCACCCUCCCACCCAGAUCUCUCCUCAGCAACCAAGGACAUCAACCGGGCACCCGCAGGACACCAAGCAGACACUAGAGGGAGUCAGAGAACUGCAGUCGGUCAAGCCAACAUGCUUUGUAGACGAGAGGUAAAUUCAUAUGAGAGUGAGAUGGCAGAACUGACAAUGGCGGAGAUCCAUCCACAGAUAUCCAAAGGACUUCAAUCAUUCAUAAUUCAGCAAUUCACCUGCUACAAUUAUGACCAUUACACUUGUACAGAUGAAGUGAGAAGUUCGCACUUGUGGGAAUCUGAAAAAUUCAUACACAACAGUGUGUUUACUGUAACCGUAGAGGCUCUGAAAUGAACUGAAGAUAAACAGACACUGAGAAGGUUGUUUUAAGUUACAGUGCAUCGUACAUUUUUAUAUUAAUCACCUGUAUAAGAGGAUGUUUUUGUCAAAUGCAAAUGUGUGCAUUAUUUUUAGCAUAAACAGGAGCAUAACUACCGCCUAAACUAAAUGAGUGCAAUGAUUUAUAAAUUCCCUUAUGACAGGAUACUGUGCGCAUGUGUGUCUGUGCCUGUGUGUGUGUCUGUGGGUGUGCCUGUGUGUGUGCCUGUGUUGGUUCUUGCUUGUGAGAGUAUGUUUUCCUUGAUUGUAAUCAGUCACCCAAAUGUCAGUGCCAAAUAUAAUUCCAAACAUGUUUUGUUUUAGAUCGGCUAGACGUGGUGAGUUAGUCUAUGUUACCUUUAGCUGUGGACAAUCAGGAGGACUUGAACUGAGACAGUUGACAGUAUUUGUCAUUAUAUAGCAAAAGCAAUAGCAGCACCCAUAAAAAAAGAAAGAAAUGAAGUUCAGGACUGGAACUGUGGACAACAUUUUUUACUACAUUUAAUGUAGAACACGAUUGUGGUUAAAGUGUAGAAAUUGUUGUCCAGUAUUGACUCUCACCGUCAGACUACAAAUUAAAAUGGCCGCCCUCAAGUUUGAUGAAGUGGUCUGUACUCAUUGCAUCUAAUUCCCAGAAUCCUUUUUGACCUCUGUGUGUGCGUGGGUCAGGUUUUCAAAGAGAAAGACUAUGAUGUUUUAGCUGUCCUUUUGAAGCACCAGUUUUCCCAUCCCGUUGCCCAGAUCUGUGGAAGUGUGUGUGGUGAAGAACCAUCCGGUGGAUUCCCCAUACUGUGCAUAUAAUGUGCAUUUGCUGCUUGGACUUGGAAAUAUUUAUUAAUUCCAGACUUAUUUAUUUGUUCUGUUGGCUGACCUAUUUUUCAGUUUCAGGUUUGUUUUAUCUGCCACUGUUUACAUAGGUCUGCAUGACAUGGCAAAGCCGUGGAUAGACCACCAAGCCAAAUGUGCAUGUAAUAAACCAUUCUUUGUAAACAACUCAGAUUGUUUUUGACUCUACUAUGCCAGAAAUUCGACUUUGUUUAGCAAUAAAGCAAUACAAGUAAGUAA